AUGCAUUUUUGUAGGGAUUUUUAAGUGAAAAUAAAUACUUCUAAACUAUUGGACUUAUUCAAAAAGCAAGCUAGAAAUUCAAAGGAACUCCAUUUUGAUUAGUUUGUUUAAUUGUUGAAUAUCUUGGCAGGCGAAGAAGGGACAAAUUGUGGGCAAUAUUAAACAAAUUUAGGAUUGGAUAACUGGAAGGUUUGUGUUUUAAAAAUGAAAACAUUUCAAAGACCAUUUUAAAUGAAAGAUUAAGCUGAAAGAAUUAAAGAUAUCAAAUAUCAAUUUAAAAUAUAUCAUCCAGAGGUCAAAAAUGAUGAAUAAAUCAAAUAAAUUUUAUUAUAAAGGAAACAAUAAAAUGAAUAAUUGAAACUCAUAGAAAGAAAAAAGAAAGCCUUUUAUAAAUUGUAAUUUGAAUUGAAACAUUUUACUAAAUCAUAACUGUUAAUAAAAUACCCAGCCUUAAAAGAACUGAUUGAGAAAUUACCUGAUCCAUCAAAACCAAAAAGCUGUUCAAUAAAGGAAUAGGAUUAGAGUUUGAGUUCUUUACAAUAAAGAUAAUCUGGUUUGACAUGGGAAAGCUUAAAUCAAUUACCUGUAGGAACAGAUUUCCUUUAAGAUUUGAUGGAAGAAUAAGAAUAAGAAGAAGAAGAUGAUUUAUAUUUAAAAGAAUAUUAGGAGCAAAGGCUUUUGAAUAAUUCCCCCUUGAAAAUCGUAAAAAGUAAUAGAUAUUACAGUGUGCAGGGAUAUCAAAAUGAGAAAUAAAAAAGAUCUGUUUCUGAUCACAAACAAAUUACACAAGUUCAAAGAUAUAAAUAACAUUCAAUUGAAAGAAUAAAUGAUUUUGAAAUUUAAGGAAAAAUACUCAAAUUUAAAACAACAACCAACAAUCCAGAGUCUAACGAGAAUAAUAAUUUCAUCUCCUUGUAAUAGCUUAACUCAAAUUAAAUUAAAUAAAAAUUGUUAAAACAAUAAAAACAACAAUUGCAGCAUCUAAAUCACUCAGUUGAAUUGCCAAGAUAAUUUAUAUCACAAGAAUAUAAUAAUCCUCAAAUUGCCAAAGAUAAACCUACUGCAAAUAAGCUGAAUAUUUCAAUGCUCAAGAGAGUGCAAUAACUGUCUGGAUUGGAGGCUAUCAAAGAACAGAACUUGUUAAAUCAAAUAAUUUCAUAGUAGAGAGAGAAGACAAAGAUUGCUUAGAAGUGA